AUGCUUCCUCGAGAAAAUUCACCAUAACAUAGAGCAUAGGCAUAAUAAUAGGAUUUUAAAAAAUAAAAAAGCUAACGAUUCACAAUCUCGAAUCAAAUGAUGAAGCGUAACCCGACAAAAUAUUUAAAAGAAAUGAAAAGUCUCAGACAUAAUAUUUAAUAAAGCACUUUGAGAAGUUUAAAAAAUUUUCAACCUUAUGAAAAGAAGGAAGAAAAUUCAUCAGAUUCUAGUGAUUAUAAUAAUGUUGAUGAGAAACCUGAUCCUUUAGAAGGCAAAAUAGCAGUACCUAAUUUGAGUUUUAAAGAAGGGUUUUUGGUUACAUUAGAAUAACAAGAAUAAUAAACGCAUAAUUCUUCUGAUAAAAAUAGCUCUAAGGGUUUUUAAAAGCAAAUGGUAUUAAAAAAUAUCAAAAAAUGUUUUGGUGAUUAAAGUUCAAUGAGUGAGGUUAAUUCACAAGAAUAAUUACUUGAUAGAAGACAUGAUAAUUUUCCACUUCAUGAUUAAAUAGAAGAAUUAGAUGUUUAGCAUUUUGAAGAAGUGGAAUAUUUUUGUGAAGAUCUUGAUCCAAGAAUUUUGAAGAAGUAUUAAAAACAUAAAGAACGAAAUCCAUUUGAAGAUCCUUAUUAUGUAAUUUUAACACCUCUUCAUGGUUUGGAAAGAUUAAAGCAUGAAUUAAAAGUAAUUAAAUUGGUUAAGUUUAGAAUUACAAUGAUCAUCUCAAUUUCCUGAAAUUAAGAAAAUUCAUAGUUUUUUCAUGUUUGUGUAUACCAAUGUAUUUCUAGAAAAUAGUAGAUAGCUACUAAUUUAAAAUUAUAAAUGGUAUUUGUAUAAUUUGUAAUCUAACUUUAUUUACUUUAAGUAAUUCAAAUCCUCCUAUUACAAAUGAAUAAUACAAAUAAUUUAUUUUUUAUUGUUUUGCUAUUGAAAUAUGUAUAAGAAUAUUGGCUGCAGGAGGUAUAUAUCCAACUUUUCAUUUUUUAUACAGUAAAGAAGACAUUUUUAAUCUAAUUUGUACAUUAAUUAGUUUUUUGCAUUAUUUUUAUCCAGGAUUUAUAACAUUUGAUCCUACACCUCUUAGAAUAAUUACAAUCUUAUUAUAUCUAGGAGAUGGUUUAUUGAGAUUGAAAUAUAUGUUGAUAGCAUUAAAGAAAUCAUUAAUAUUUUUAGCUGAAGCACUUUUUAUUCUUUUAAUAUCUGCUUUAUUCUUUUCAAUUAUUGGUGUAUCUUUAUUUUAAGGAUUAUUUAAUUAUAGAUGUUUACCAAUAAAUGGUGAUCAAGUUGAUGAUUGGAUUUAAUGUUAUUAGAAUAAUUGUCCUGAUGGUAUGCAAUGUAUACUUUCAGAAGAUACACCUAAAUUACCAACUUCUUUUAAUAAUAUCUUUUUUUCACUUGGUUAGAUAUUAAGAACAAUAACAAUGGAUGAUUGGAGUUGGGUAAUGUUUUUUACAAUGAGAAUAUUUCAUCCUUGGAUUUGGAUCUAUUAUUUAUUAAUUAUAUUUGUUUGUGGUUUUUUUUCCAUUAAUUUGAUAAUUGCAGUUCUUAAAAUUCAUUAUUCAGAAGCAACUGAAGAGUGUGAAGAAUUUGAAAAGUUAUCUAAACAAAAAAAUGAUCAUAGUUUAUAAAGAUAAGAGAUGUUCUUAAGUAAAGAUCUUAUAUCUCAUUUUGAUUUAUCAUUUUUACGUUAUAUAGGUUUUUAUACUGUGUUAAAAUAACAUAGAUAUUUGAUAAGUACAACUAAACCUUUAAAUGAAUCCAUUGAAGAUAAUUUUAGACCUGAAAAAAUUAAUAAUUAAUUAAGGUUACUAUCCUCUAAAUAGAAAAAGAUUUUAGAUGAAGCAAAAACUGUAUUUAAAUUUUAUAUUUUAUUAUAGAAACUUAAUUAAAAUUCUAUUUGGAAUAAGUUCAAAAACUUUUCACUUAAAAAUUAAUUAUUACCUAAAUUUAAAGAACUCAAAAAAGAAUAGAGUUUAGUAAAUAUUAAAUUAUAUUCUGAUGAUCCUAUUGAGAUUUCCAUUCUAUUGAAACUAAUAGAGUAUAAUUUUACAUAAUUGAACAAUUCUGUAAAUUAUCAAGUAGAUUAGAAAUAUAAUAGUUUAAAGGAUGUAUUUGUGUAAAAGAAAAGGUAUUAAUAAUAUAAUUUUUAUUAGAAUUGGACAUAAGGAGAAAAUUAAAAUGUAUUAUCAACAUUUGUUAUCAACAAAGAAUAUAAAAUCAACUACAAGGCAACAAUCUGAUUUUUCAUUAAGUAGAUAUCCAAUUCAUAAGAGUACUAGAAGAAUUACAAUUCAAAAAACUAUAAUUAAAAAUGAUGAAAGUCUUGAUGUGCCCUCUCCUUAAAUAAAGAGAAAAAAUAACGAUUUAUAAUCAAUAAUUAAUUUAAAAACAAAAGCUUAACGAUCUCAUCCUUUUGAAAUUAUUAAUAAAGGUCGAAAAUUCCUUUUUAUUUAAGGAUAUUAUGUUGAUUAUGAAUUAUUAAUGGAAAAAAUCAAUGUGAAAAUACCUAAAUUAAAACAAGAUUUGGGUUCUAAUGAAGAACUUUAUUAAUAAAUUUUUUAGAAAGAGAGAGAAUAAAAGAUUAUAAAGACAAAAAAUUGGUCAGGUAAUAAUGUAUUGCUAAUGAAUCCUAAUCGUUUUUAGAUGUUCGAAGAUAUAUUUAAUAGUUUAAAUAAUUUUAAUUAAUUAAUAUGGAUGCCAACAAUAGGAGGGAAAUUAUUAAUUUUAAGAAGAUAUACACUUAUAAUAAUAGAUAAUUAAAUCACUUAAUUGUUUUUUGAUUUGAUAAUAUUGAUAAAUUUCAUUUUUUUAUCUUUGUAUGGAAUAGCUGAUCCAAUUAUUAUUUCAAAAUGUGAAGAUGUUUCAACUGUUUUUUUAUUGGUUGAAAUUAGUUUGUAAAUGUUUACAUAUCCACUUUAACGUUUUUUCUCAAGCAAGGAAAAUGUUUUAUAAGCAAUAAUAAUGAUUGCAAGUUUUAUAGAGUUCAGUUUUAGUGAUUAUUUAAAUUUAACAGAAUAAUAUUUGAGAUUAAUAAGAGGCACAAAAUGUAUUCUAUUUUAUAGAUGUUUAAAAUAUAAUUAGAUGGCUGUACUAAUAGGUAAGAUUGCAUCAAUAACAUUUAAGUAAUAUAUUUAUUUAACAAUAUUCAUGUUUAUAAUAAUAACUAUAUAUGCAAUGAUUGGAAUGGAUUUAUAUGCAGGUAAUUUAGAUUAAAAUGAUUCUUUGGGUUAAUUGCAUUCAUUUGAUAAUUUGUUAAAAGCAAUCAUGACAAUUUUUAACAUAAUGACUAAUGAUGAUUGGUAUGGAGUAUAUGUUAUUGGAUCUGAAAUUAAUACUGUUGCUGCUAUCAUAUAUUCAUUUUCUAUGGUUAUAAUUUUGAAUUAUUUGACUUAUGGAUUAGUUUUAGCUAUAUUGCUUGAUGGAUUUGGAAGAUAUUUAGAUGAAAAGGAUGAAGGUGAUUCAAGUGAUUAAUAAAUUUUAGAAAAUCAAAUGACAUCUUUAAAAGAUGAUGAUCUAUUUAAUACAGAAUUGGAUUCUACAAGAUAAUUAAAAGUAAAGUCACAAUAUUACUCAUAAGUUUAAAUAUGUGAAUUAGAAGAGAAAGAAUAACCAAAAAUAAAAGCUGAUUUGAUGGAGAGUCUUUUAAUAUCUAUAAGUAUAACUACGUAAUUAUAUUAGAGUAAUUAAAUAAGUAAGUAAUGAGAUCAAAUCCAAAAUUAUUUUAAGAUAUUUAAUGUGAAACAUCACUCUAUUUAUUUGAAAAAACAAGUAAAAUAAGAAUAAUAUGUUGUAAUCUUUGUAUAUCUUCAGGAUUUUAUUGGUUUACAAAUAUAAUUUUAAUAUGUUCAAUAAUUGUAAUGAUUAUAGGUACUUAUCAUGACUAUGAAUUGGAAAAGAGUUAAUAUCCAUAUAUUUUAUUAAUGAUUUUGAAUGUUUUUAUGUUGAUAGAAGAUGUAAUAUGUAUAAUAGCAAAAGGUUUAUUUUUGGAUAAAGGAUCACAUAUAAAUUAUUCAUGGUAAUUGAUAGACUUAAUUUAUUUAAUUGGAUUUUUUAUUGAUAGUAAUUAAUAUAAUCCAAUAAUAAAAAUUUGUUUAUUUCUUGGUCAUUUUAGACCUAUGAAAUUAAUGUAUAGAAUUUAAAGGUUGGACAAGAUAAGAGCUGCUUUAGCUUAAUCACUUUUUGAUAUGUUAAAGAUAUUGGUAACUCUAGUAUCAGUAUGGAUAAUGUUUGGAGUAUUUGGUAUUAUAUUAUAUGAAAGUUAAUUUGGAUUUUGCAAUGAUAAAAUGUAAUUUGAAAUUAAUGAGAAAGAAUGUAUAGAAUCAAAUGGAUAAUGGAUUAAUUACAAACAUAAUUUUGAUAAUAUUACAAUAGCAUUACCAACUUUAUUUGUAGUAUCAACUUUUGAUGGUUGGGGUGAAAUUAUGUAAGUUGCAGAAAAUAGUAGAUAAAGUAGAUAUGGACCAUCUCCAUUUGCUACAUACAUAUCUACUUAUGCUUAUUUUAUAUCUUUUUGUUUUGUAGGAUCCAUGUUCUUUUUGAGUUUCUUCACUGGAACACUCUUUUCAAAAUUAAGAAUCAAUUAAUAAAAAAUUGAAAUGUAGGACGCUACAAAAUUUUAAAGAGAAUUUACAGAAAUAGCUCCUAUUAUUUUAAAAGAUACGCCAGUCUUUUCAACUCCUCCAACAAACAUUUUAAGAAGAUUAGCUUCUUUUAUUGUUAGUAACACACUCUUUUAGAAAUUUAUGUUUCUGAUGUUAUUAAUAGAUUUGAUAUGUCAACUACAAUAUUAAUAUGAUAUGGAUGUGGAAUAUAUCAUAAAUAUUAAUAUAAUACAAAGAUUCAUUAUUUUAUUUUAUGCAUUAUGGAUUGCGCUUCUUUUUAUGUCAUUAGGGAUUAAUAGAUACUUUGAUAAUAAUUGGAGAAGAUAUUACACAAUUUUAAUUCUAAUUUCUCUUUGUGAUUUGAUUGCAGAUUUAUAGAAUGGUUGGGUAAUCCAUUACUUUUAAUCAAAUGUAUUCACUCCAUAUUAUUAACUAUUAAGAAUAGCUUUUAUGACGAGAUAAUUACGUCUUUUAGUCAUCUUUUAAGGAUUAACUAACUUAUCAAGAUUGAUUAGAGUUAUGGGUUUUGCCAUUCCCUUUUUAGCUAAAAUAAUGUCCAUUCUAGUUAUCACUAUGAUCAUAUAUGCUUUGAUUGGAUGUUAAUUAUUUGGUAAAAUUAUAGAUGGUGCAGUAAUUGAUGAUCUUAUUAAUUUUACUAAUUUUGAAUAUGCUUUAUUAGCAUUAUAUAAAUGUGCUUCAGGAGAUGAUUUUAGAACUAUAAUGACAGAUACAAUGCAUCAUAAUCCAUCUUGCCCAGAAAAUCCUGAUUGUUGUGGAUCAGAUUUUAAUUAAAUCUAUUUUAUAACAUUUAUGUUGUUCUCCAAUUAUGUUCUUUUGAAUUUGUUUAUUUUAGGUUUAAUAGAAUAAUUUGAAGAAUUUUUUUAAGUAUAAAAUUCUAUGAUUUAAACUUAUGUUGAAGAAAUAGAUAAAAUUAAAACUGCUUGGUGUAAGUAUUCUGCUGAAACUAAUGGUUAAAGUAUGCAUUAUAAAUUUUUAUGUCGAUUUUUACUUGAUAUUGGUUAACCAUUAGGAGGAGGUAAAGAUGAUAAUUUAUGGGAUGCUGCAAAAAUAGCAUCAAAAUUAAAUUUGAGAUGGUAUUAUUUUAUAAUGAAAUAGUGAUGCUUGUGGGUAUAUUCAAUAUAAUCAAUUACUUUAUUAACUCUUUAGAAGGUGUUAUCAUGAUGAAGUAUUUAAAGACGGAUCCUAAGAAUCAAUUUAAAAUAUGAAAUAAUUCAAUAAAGAAAUGCAAAUUCGCUUGAUUUACUAUAGAAGAAGCAAAACCUUACCAAGAACAAAUAUUAGUUAAUAAACUUUGUAAUUUAAAUCUAAUUUCAACAUUCUCCAUGAUUAUUUAAAUGUUUUAAUCUUAUUUAAAACUUGGUAAUCAUACUCGGAAUUGCUAGUUCAAAAAAUUAUGAAAAGAUUAGAAAAUUAUACAGAGAGUGAUGAAAUUACAUUAGAUGGCAAUCUCUAAAAUAAUCCUUAAUAGUAUUUUUUUGUAUUCUAUCUUUUAGUUGGUAACAGGUACACAAUGAUUUCAUUAAUGAUGGUUUCAGUUCUAGGAGAAGAACUACGGAUAUUAAAUUAUCUGAAAAUGAAUUUACAGGUCAUCAUGUAACACCAUAAAGUCAAGGAUCUUAGAGAGAACCUUAAUUGCCUAUAUAUUCAACUACACUACAAUAGGAAACAGAUAGAAUAUUUGGAGGUUUUGAUGAAAAUGUUGUCUUAGAUUGUAGAGAAUUAAAAUUUAAAAAUUGA